AUGCCUGCUCCAGAUAUUCCAAAAUCUGUCAUUCAGAAGUUAAUGUUCUUCACUGCAUUGAUGGUGAUUUUCCCAUUGUUGACAUUUUUUGCCUUACAAUAUUUUACCGAUAACUCAAUAAUAAGUGGAGGAGUUGCUGCUUUAGCGGCCAACGUUGUUUUGAUUAGUUAUAUAAUUGUUGCUUUCACUGAAGAUACUACUAAACUCGAUGAAAAACAGGAAUUAAAGAAAGAUAUAUAG